GUACAGCUGUGCUUUCCCCUCAGGUAUGUCCUCCGUGAAGAUCGAGUGCAUCGGGAGUGACCGCUACAGGCUCGGGGAGUCUCCGGUGUGGGACGAGAAGGAGAACUCGCUGCUGUACGUGGACAUCACGGGCAGGAAGGUGUGCCGCUGGGAUGCGGCCAGCGGGCAGGUGCAGGCUGUGUCCGUGGAUGCUCCUGUGAGCUCUGUGGCUCUUCGGAAGUCGGGGGAUUAUGUCAUCACGCUGGGAACCAGGUUUGCUGCUUUGAAAUGGAAGGAGCAAUUGGUAACCACCAUUGCUCAGGUGGACAGAGAUAAAGCAAAGAACCGAUUCAACGAUGGGAAAGUAGAUCCUGCAGGGAGGUAUUUUGCAGGUACGAUGGCUGAAGAGAUUCGACCCGCAGUGCUGGAGCCUCGCCAGGGCUCCCUGUACACUCUUUGCCCUGACCACUCUGUGGUGAAGCACUUUGAUCAGGUGGACAUUUCCAAUGGGCUGGACUGGUCGCUGGAUCACAAAACCUUCUUUUACAUUGACAGCUUGUCCUACUCAGUGGAUGCCUUUGAUUAUGACCUCCAAACUGGAAAAAUUGGCAACCGUAGGAGUAUAUACAAACUGGAAAAAGAGGAGAACAUUCCUGAUGGGAUGUGCAUUGAUACAGAAGGCAAACUCUGGGUUGCAUGCUACAAUGGUGGGAGAGUGAUUCGCCUCGAUCCUGAGACAGGAAAAAGAAUCCAGACGGUGAAGCUUCCUGUUGACAAGACGACUUCCUGCUGCUUUGGAGGAAAGGAUUAUUCAGAGAUGUAUGUGACUUCUGCCAGCGAUGGGAUGGAUAGAGAGUGGCUCUCAAAGCAGCCGCAGGCUGGUGGGGUUUUCAAGAUCACUGGGCUUGGCGUGAAAGGAAUCCCACCAUAUCCAUUUGCGGGUUAGAUGUGCGCUCUUCGGAAUGGAUUCAAGAAAACUGACUUAAGUAAGACAAGUCAGAAGGUCUUAUCUGGGUGUUCAGCAUCUUUUGCCUUGAAACCAUAAUUACGCUAUCUCAUCAAGAAAGGAUGAAAAACUAAUGAAAUAUGUGGAAUAUUUUUAGACUGAGGUAUCUGACGGUAUAUUUUGUUGUAGUAAAAGAUUCUCACGCUAAUAAAGUAUUGGAUAUUGUAACUUUC